CUUCUCCUUCUUCGCUGCGUCGCCGGCGUCCUCUCCUUGUUCGCUCUGCCGUGGCUCGUCUGCCCCUUCGGCCUUCGCUGCGCCACGCCACCCUAGUGCGACCUUUCUCCGCGGCACUGUUGUCUCCCCCUUUGCCGCGCCACCGUUGCCUUUCCCCAUCUCCGCGCAGAGCGUCCGUCGUCUCCCCCUUCGGUGCCCCUUCGCUGCGCCGCCCCACCGUUGUUUUCCCCUUUGCCCAUCUCCGCGCGCCGUGCGUCCGUCGUCUCCCCCUUGGGUGCCCCGCAGCCGCAGCCCUAAUUUGUCCCCAGCACGAUGCACACAAGGUAAGUUUGAACUGACUGUGUGGUUUUGUGCAUUAUGUGCUUGGGUUGGAUUUGUUGUGUAAAAGCAGUGUAUUUAUUUGGAUUUGUUCGAUUCACAAAUUCAAACUGGGUGAUGAGAUGGGAGAUAAUUUUGUGAGCAUUGAGGAUCAAGAGCACUAUGCAAUGAUGAAAGGUAUGAGAUUCAAGAGUGAGGAAGAUGGUUUCAUCUUUUACAAUAGGUAUGCAAAGGAAAAAGGGUUCAGUGUUAGGAAGAACAAUGCAAGACGUGAUGCAAUGAGUAAAGAUGUUAUCCAGAGACAGUAUACUUGUUCUAGAGAAGGACAUAGGAGAGACAUUUAUAUGGAAAAUUCAUGUAAGAGUAGAGAACCUAGAGCCCUUACUCGUUGCUCAGUUUGAGAUUUAACUUGACAAGAAAAGGGGUGAUUGGUUUGUCCUUAAAUAUGUGCCGCAACAUAGCCAUCCACUAGCUAAAGUAGAUGAAGUGGCUUUCCUGCGCUCUCACCGCAGAAUUAGCUAUGCUCAGAAGGCCAAUUUAAUGGAGCUGAAAGGAGUGGGAUUGCGGCAGCAUCAAGUAAUGGAUGUGAUGGAGAGGCAUCGUGGUGGUUUUGAAACAACUGGGUUUGUUAGUAAGGACAUGUACAAUUUCUUUGUUAGACAAAAGAAGAAACAGAUUGUUGGUGGUGAUGUCGAUCGUGUUAUCAAAUACAUGCAAGCUAGACAGAAAGAUGAUAUGGAGUUCUUUUAUGAGUACGAGACAGAUGAAGCCGGUCGCCUUAAGAGAUUAUUUUGGGCUGAUCCUCAAUCCCGUAUUGAUUACGAUGCUUUUGGUGAUGUUGUUGUUUUUGAUAGCACAUAUAGGGUAAAUAAAUACAAUUUACCUUUCAUACCGUUUGUCGGUGUUAACCAUCAUGGGUCCACCAUCAUUUUUGCUUGUGCUAUUGUUGCGGAUGAGAAGAUUGCAACAUAUGAAUGGGUACUUAAGCGCUUUUUGGAUUGCAUGUGUCAGAAACAUCCUAAAGGGUUGAUUACAGAUAGUGAUAAUUCCAUGAGAAGAGCAAUUGCAACUGUCAUGCCCAACUCGGAACAUAGGUUGUGCACUUGGCAUAUUGAACAAAAUAUGGCAAGGCAUCUCCGUCCGAAAAUGAUUUCAGACUUUAGAGUUCUAGUUCAUGCAACUUAUUCUGCUGAGGAGUUUGAGGAAAAAUGGGUGGAGUUCAAGCUGAAACGCAAAGUGGCAGAAGAUAACCAAUGGCUCGGGAGGAUGUACAACUUAAGGAAGAAAUGGGCGGCUGCAUAUACUAAAGGUAUGUAUUUCCUUGGUAUGAAAAGCAAUCAACGUAGUGAAAGCCUCAACUCUAAACUUCAUAGACACUUGGAUCGUAAAAUGAGCUUAGUUCUUUUGGUUGAGCACUAUGAGCACUGCUUGUCGCGUAUGAGACAUAGGGAGGCAGAGCUUGAUUCGAAAGCUUCACAGUCAGUUCCAUUCACAGCCAACGAUGCUAGUCUAAUUGAAAAGGAUGCUGCCCGUAUAUUCACACCAUCAGUUUUUAAGAAGUUGAAAAUGGAUAUUAUUAAAUCGAAAGAUUGUGAGGUGAUAGACUGUAUAGAUGAGGAAAAUAUUAUUAAGUACAUCAUUUGCAUGAAAGGAAAAAUUGACAAGAUAACAAUCUUGACUUGUUCAUAUGUUGAAUCAUCAUUGAAGAAUAUGAGCUGUACAUGCAAGAAAAUGGAGUGUGAAAGCCUUCCAUGUCAGCAUAUGUUCACAAUUAUGGACUAUUUGAACCUUCAAGCCAUUCCAGAUGUGUGUGUAGUGCCUAGGUGGACAGUUAAAGCCAAAAUUGCAUUUCCUUCAGAUAGGUAUGGUGAGGUUUAUACCUGGUCUGAUCAGAUGGAAAGAUAUCGUAGAAUGCGUGCAAUUGGAUCUGAGGUUUUAUUGAAGUGCUCGAUGUCAGAGGAAUAUACUUUGAAGGUGAUGGAGAUGUUUGAAAAACUGGACUUAGAGACAAAUGCAAUUGAGGGGGAUGAAUUUGAUGUAACAUUGUGCGGUCACGUUGUAGCUCAAAGUUUACGCUCUGACAUUGCUAGUGUACAGAAGGUUCAUGAUCCUAUGGAGGUAGUACCUAAAGGUGCACCAACUAAAAGGUUGAGAGGUUUUUUGGAGAAGGGUAACCGGCGUUGUGGUUAUUGCCGUGUUCGUGGACACACGGUUCGUUCUUGUGCCAUUUACCUAAGAAAAGUUGCAGUAGAUGUAUGAAGUGCAAAGUGGAAGCAAUCAAGCUCCAUGUCUUAUCCAGUGGGCUAUUUUGUGCUAUUUGAAUUCUGUAAAUCAUGAGUCGUGGCAGGACUCGUUUGUUGUGUUUGAAAACUGUAUUGGAGCUGUGCUUGGUCUAUUAUGUUUGCUAUUUUGUACUCGUCUGUUGUGUCUGAAAACUGUA